UUUGGAAGAGAUAAUCACAGAACUAUAAAAUGAUUAUUUACUUGGCAUUCUGGUAAACUACCUUUUCAUUCGAUCCGUUUGUUACCAAUCCCACUCAGAAAUUUCGAAAAUGAAGUACCUCAGCUCAUUCACGUUAUUAGUCAUUCUUAUUGCUGCAGCACCCACAUAUACUUUUGGAGGGUGGGGAGGUGGUUGCCUAUCUGAUGAAGAUUGCUAUGAAACCGAAUGUUGUCUCAAACAAUUUGGCAUCGUCGGACAGUGUCUCGUCAGACCACAGGAAGAUGAAAUAUGUACUCCGAAGCCUAAACACAGCAGGAUGUUCCAGCAAAGCAUGUGCCCCUGCGCACCUGGAUUAGAAUGCAUCAUUAACGGGAAUCGGAAAUACCCAGGAAUGGGAUUUUCGAAGCCCCCAACAUGCCAGCCAGUUGCUCAAGCAGAAGAAAGCAAUGAAUCGACCGAAAAAUAAACAAAAGAUGUAGAAACAACCAAAGAAUGACUCCUUCAGUAUAAUUAAAAAUUGCGGUUAUAAAAUGAAAUGGAUUUUUUACAGCAAACAAUGUCUAAAGUUCUUUCAAUACAUGGAGCAAUGAAUAGUUUAUUCGAGUGGUCUCAAACUGUCGGCCCACGGGCCGCGUGUGGUCUCCAAGUAGUUUUAUGAGGCGCACGAAUAUAUUUUCUUUAAAUUAAUUAGCAUUAUUAUUACAAGAAUAUGAAAAAAAUUAAUAUUUUAAUAGAUUCGAACGCAAUUUUACAUUAUCUUCAUUGCCAAAAACAAACGUGAGAUACGCCUCGGAAAAUCUAGAAAUGGAGUUAAUUGAUUUACACUGUGCUAAAAAUCUCAUUCAAAGAUUUGAAGAUACAAAUUUAAUUAACUUUUAUGAGUACUUGUGUUACGAAUUUUUGCAAUAAGAAUGAUCGCUUUGUUUGAAAUACAUUUACGUGUGAACAGUGUUUUCCCUACUUGAAAAUUAAUAAGCCUACGAAAAGAACGAGACUGCCGAUGGGUAUCUACAAACUGGCGAUGAAGACAAUUUCUAGUAAAUUUUCUCAAAGAUUACAAAUUUUCUGAAAAUCGGAACGCCAUGAAAUGUUGUAGCUGAAAAAUAUAGUAAAAGACACAGUAGUUUAUAAUUAUUUAGAUACUUUUUUCUGUAUGCUUCAUAGAAAUAUAUAGUAAAUAAAAGAACGAGAAUAAUUUGCCAUUAAUUAUUCUAGAUUUCAGGCCAAAAAUAAGUAAAAACUUUAAUUCUUCUUGGCGUCAUUUUUAUAUGUAUGUUUUCUCAAAUAUCUAGUAAUUAAAGAAAGUAAUUAGUCAUUAUUUUUAUUCAGACCCAUCAACUACUUUCAGAUCGUACAUUUGGCCCGCGUGCAGUUUGAGUUUGAGACCAUUGGUUUAUCUCAUUACAUCAGAUGUAUAAUAUUUAAAUUUUAUUUAAGUAUGUAUAUUUCAGAAUUGUGUAAGAAUUUAUUGUGAAAAAAGAAUAAAGUUGUAAAACAAAUUGUUGAAA